AUAUGUAUAUCGAAAAAGGUCGUGCGACAACUUCCAGUCGAUCGGUGCAGCCGUUUCGGAGAAAUUUUCCUCAUCGUCUCUGAAAACAGCGUUUCGAGAAAGAAGGGUUUAAAGCUUUGGAGACAUGCAGAGUGCUCCGAAACUAAUUGCCAGAUCAUCUUCCAAAUUUCGGAGAAUAUUCUGAAAUAUUGUAUUCGAUAUAGGUGUGCGCCAGCGCCUUCCUCCGCUCCGCUCGCUACAUAUGCACACUAGCAAUCUAUUUGUGUAGGUGUGGCAGCAUAUGUCGCAUUGCCAACAACACUAAAUCAAAGCGAAAAUAAAUUAUUGACAUUAAAGCAGGCGUUGCAUAAGAAAAUCAGAGCAUGUCAGAAGAACUGAGAAAAAAAAAAGCAACGAAUUGGAAUGCAGAGUGCGAUAUGCUUGAGGAGAUAGAAAAAUAAUGAGCGAGAAACGACUACCAAAUGCGACCUAAAUGAACUGCUGCACAACACUACGCCUUGGACAUUUGCAACACUGUUUUCUACACCAGCUGAUUGUCAACACUUGUCUAGUUUACGUUUACAAGCAUUUAUAGUAAAUCUUUCACAUUUUUUCGCACUGAUUGCAAAAACUAAUUUUAUAUGAGUUCUAAAUAUUGAAAAAAGCCGCAUUCUACAUAAAUACAACAUGGAGGAGUUACGGCGAUUGGAAUACUUGUCGUUGGUUUCAAAAAUUUGCACCGAGCUGGAGAAUCACUUGGGUCUAAACGACAAAGAUUUAGCGGAGUUUAUAAUCGAUUUGGAACAUAAAAAUUCCACGUUUGAUUCAUUUCGUAAAGCGCUGCAUGAAAAUGGUGCUGAAUUUCCAGAUUCAUUUGUUACGAAUCUUCAGAGAAUUAUCAAUUUGAUGAAGCCGGACAGAGACACUGCAGAACUAGAAGGCAAUGGUAGCAUCAAAACUGCAAAAGCGGACCAAUUGACGCGCAUGUUUCCAGGUUUGGCAUUGCCAAAUGAUAAGUUUAGUAAAACAUAUAGCAGUGGUGGUGAAAGUGCCAACGAGAGUACGUCUAGUGAAUCCGAAUCGGAAUGUGAGAAAGAUAACAACAAAAACAAAAGAAACAAGUCCCAGAAGGAUGAUGACUUAGACGACGUUAUGGAUGAGCUAGAAGCGCUUGCACCAAGUAAACGUAAGCAAAGUAAAAAAGACGAUGAUAUCGACGAAACAAUGGCUGAACUGGAAGCACUGGCACCAAGUCAACGUAAAAGUGACGACAAAAUCAAAAAAGACGAUGUCGAUGACAUGAUGGCUGAAUUAGAAGCUUUAGCUCCUAGUAAACGAAUAAAAAGUGACGAGAAACCUAGUAAAAGGGAUAUUGAUGAUACUAUGGACAAAUUGGAAGCACUAGCGCCAAGUGCGCAAAGGAAAUACGAAGAUGUUAAAGUAAAAUCAGAAAAGAAGAAAAAGCUUGACCGCUACUCCCGUUCCCGUUCGCGGUCGAAAGAGCACGCUAGCAGACACGAACGCAGUAGUCGUCGCGAAAGAAGCCGAGAUAGACGAUCACGUUCAUAUUCACCAAGUGAGCGGCGAAAACAUGACAGACGUCGCCGUUCCCGUAGUAAAUCGCGUGAUCGUGGACGGAUGCAUGAACGGGACAGAGAACGUGAACGUGAAGACUAUCGUAGUGCACGUAGGCGUCGCUCACGUUCACGUUCGCACGGUCAUAGCACUAGUAGUAGCAGCAGACGUCGAUCACGUUCGCACGACCGCCGCCGUCGCUCAAGGUCUCGUGAGCGCAAUGAGCGUAGCGACAGAAGAAGAUCUCGCUCAAGAGACCGUAAUGAACAAAGCAGACGUAAGCGCUCGCGUUCCAACUCCGAAGAUCGUCUUGGACGAAAUGAAAAAAUGCCACCACCAGCAACACUACCUGAUGAUCCAGAGCCAGGUAAAAUUUAUUCCGGCAAAGUGGCGAAUAUUGUGCCGUUCGGUUGUUUUGUGCAGCUUUUUGGAUUGCGUAAACGUUGGGAGGGAUUGGUGCAUAUUUCACAACUUCGUUCCGAGGGUCGUGUAACUGAUGUCACGGAAGUCGUGCAGCGAAAUACAAAUGUGAAAGUAAAGGUGAUGUCUAUCGCUGGACAAAAGGUAUCACUUUCUAUGAAAGAGGUGGAUCAAGCAAGUGGUAGGGAUUUGAAUCCGUUAUCGCAUGUGGCGCCGGAGGAUGAGAUGAGGGAUCGUAAUCCUGAUCGGCCAUAUAGCGGUACUUCGUUGCUAAAUUUACAAGGCGGCAGCAUGGACAAUGAUGAGAGUGAUUCGCGUAAACGUGUCACGCGCAUAUCCAGUCCGGAACGUUGGGAAAUUAAACAGAUGAUUAGCUCCGGUGUCAUUGACCGCAGUGAAAUGCCUGAUUUUGACGAGGAAACUGGUCUAAUACAAAAGGAGGAGGACGAUGAAGCUGACAUAGAAAUAGAAAUUGUAGAGGAGGAACCACCAUUUCUCUCCGGGCAUGGACGCGCAUUGCACGAUCUCUCACCCGUGCGCAUUGUUAAGAAUCCCGAUGGUUCAUUGGCACAAGCUGCCAUGAUGCAGUCCGCUUUAUCGAAGGAACGUCGCGAACAGAAAAUGUUACAGCGCGAGCAAGACGCCGUCGCUCCGACAAACAUGAGUCGCAACUGGAUUGAUCCACUGCCCGAUGAGGAUGAGUCUCGCGCUAUGACAAAUACACGUGGCAUUGGUUCCGGCGCCGCCAUUGAAGUGCCCGAGUGGAAGAAACACGUUAUUGGUGGCAAGAAAUCGUCCUUUGGUAAAAAGACAGACAUGUCAUUGCUGGAACAACGUCAAUCGCUGCCCAUUUACAAACUGCGCGAUGACCUCAUUAAAGCUGUCUCCGAUAAUCAAAUACUAAUUGUCAUUGGCGAGACAGGCUCCGGCAAGACGACACAAAUUACGCAAUACUUGGCAGAAAGUGGCUUCACAGCGCGCGGCAAAAUUGGUUGCACACAGCCGCGUCGUGUGGCGGCCAUGUCUGUGGCAAAACGUGUGGCUGAGGAGUUUGGUUGCCGCCUGGGGCAAGAAGUGGGCUACACUAUACGUUUCGAGGAUUGUACUAGUCCCGAAACGGUGAUCAAAUACAUGACAGACGGUAUGUUAUUGCGCGAAUGUCUAAUGGAGUCUGAUUUGAAAUCAUAUUCCGUUAUUAUGUUGGAUGAAGCGCACGAACGUACUAUACACACUGACGUGCUCUUCGGUCUACUAAAAGGUGCCGUACAAAAGCGGCCCGAGUUGAAGCUGAUCGUCACUUCCGCUACGCUGGAUGCGGUGAAAUUUUCACAGUACUUCUUUGAAGCGCCCAUUUUCACUAUACCGGGUCGUACAUUUCCUGUGGAAGUAUUGUACACCAAAGAACCGGAAACAGACUAUUUAGAUGCUUCACUGAUCACUGUGAUGCAAAUACAUUUGCGCGAACCACCAGGCGAUAUAUUGCUUUUCCUUACGGGUCAGGAGGAGAUUGACACCGCUUGCGAAAUACUCUACGAACGCAUGAAAAGUUUGGGACCCGAUGUGCCCGAAUUAAUUAUACUGCCAGUGUAUUCAGCGUUGCCAUCCGAAAUGCAAACGCGUAUUUUCGAUCCGGCACCAGCGGGCAGUCGCAAAGUCGUAAUUGCCACAAAUAUUGCUGAAACCUCACUAACAAUUGAUGGCAUCUUCUAUGUCGUUGAUCCGGGUUUUGUCAAACAAAAAGUAUACAACUCGAAAACGGGCAUGGACUCGCUGGUGGUCACACCAAUUUCGCAAGCGGCCGCCAAACAGCGUGCCGGUCGUGCUGGGCGCACAGGUCCCGGCAAAUGCUAUCGUUUGUAUACGGAGCGCGCAUAUCGUGACGAGAUGUUGCCUACACCAGUGCCGGAAAUACAGCGCACGAAUUUAGCGAUGACCGUGUUGCAACUGAAGACAAUGGGUAUAAAUGAUUUGCUACAUUUCGAUUUCAUGGACGCACCGCCUGUCGAAUCCUUGGUUAUGGCUUUAGAGAACUUGCAUUCAUUAUCCGCGCUGGACGAUGAGGGUUUGCUGACACGUUUGGGUCGACGUAUGGCCGAAUUUCCCCUGGAACCAAAUCUAUCGAAAAUGCUCAUAAUGUCGGUGGCAUUGCAAUGCUCCGAUGAAGUGCUCACUAUUGUUUCUAUGUUAAGCGUACAGAAUGUGUUCUAUCGUCCGAAGGACAAGCAAGCCUUGGCUGAUCAGAAGAAGGCAAAAUUCAAUCAACCCGAAGGCGAUCAUUUAACACUACUUGCCGUCUACAACAGUUGGAAAAAUAACAAAUUCUCAAAUGCAUGGUGUUAUGAGAACUUCGUGCAAAUACGUACACUCAAACGUUCGCAAGAUGUGCGCAAACAGUUGCUUGGCAUAAUGGAUCGUCAUAAAUUGGAUGUUGUAUCGGCGGGUAAAAAUUCUGUACGCAUACAAAAAGCCAUCUGCUCGGGUUUCUUUCGUAAUGCAUCCAAAAAGGAUCCACAAGAAGGUUAUCGUACACUUGUCGAUUCACAGGUUGUUUAUAUACAUCCUUCAAGCGCGCUAUUCAAUCGUCAGCCCGAGUGGGUCGUUUACCACGAGCUCGUUCAAACGACCAAGGAGUAUAUGCGCGAAGUAACGACCAUCGAUCCAAAGUGGUUGGUAGAAUUUGCGCCAUCAUUUUUCCGCUUCUCCGAUCCAACAAAGUUGAGUAAAUUCAAGAAGAACCAACGUCUCGAACCAUUAUACAAUAAAUACGAAGAGCCCAAUGCUUGGCGUAUAUCACGCGUACGGCGAAGGCGAAACUAAGUUGCACACCUUUUUAUCAUUUAAUGUAAUUCGUGUAUGUAUAAUGUAAGUUAAUAUUUAAUGUAUAUUUUUAUUUGAAUUAUGAAAUAAAAUAUUAAUACAGUAAAAUCCUA